AAAAUGAAAAUUUUUUCGGCUGAAAGAGAUUUUGGACGGACGGAUCGCAUCACGCGGAUGAUCGCGGUAGAAAAAUUGGCGGUAUUUCGGAUUGAGAUUAAACGAUUCUUGCUUUUUUUUGUUUUUCUUUUUUUAUAAUCAAAAGUGGGCCAAGCACAGAUACAUGCAUCUUUUUCAUCGUGUUUGAAUUACCGAAAGAUAAGCGAUAACGAGAGUACGGCAAUCGCGCUUGCGCCUCAUUCCGCGUUUGGUUUCAACCCGGCUUCACUUAGGUUUUUAUAAGAUUAGAUAAACAGGGCUUGGUCUUGUAUCGAGUCUAACUACCGUCCAAAGCAGGUGUAUUUCACCGAUUAUUUCAGAUCGCGGUUCAGUUAGCUCAGUGUUCGAAUAUUGAAGCGCGCUUUCACAUUAAAACCGACGAUAUUCGGUGGUUUCUUCAUUAAAAACCGGGCCGUGAAUUUCAAAAUCGGCAAAUAUGGUGGACAUACAAACGAUCGGUGGAAUAGUGUUAAAAGUGUUGAAAUUGGUCAUAAACCUGGUCAUCCUCAUCCUGUACAGAACGGGAUACAGCGGAGAAUUUCUCGGCGUUGGAGGAACAUGGAAUUUGAACGAGGAAAAAAAUCCUGACGCUGAAAUCGUAGCCUCCGGUGUAUUCGUCGGCUUCUUCAUCUACACCGCUACGGUUCUGAUCAGUUUUUGCUUCGGCAAUACCGAACACAAAAGAUCUCUGGUGGAUAUUAUCAUGAACUUCGUUGGCAUGUUCAUGUUCAUCGCAGUCGGAGGAACGGCGUUGCAUUAUUGGAACGGGUACCAGAGUGAGCACAAGUACCUGCACGUAACAACUGAGAAACAGAUCGGACUCGCUUUGGGAUCGCUCUGCGUGAUCGAGGGAGCGGUCUACCUGAUCGACCUCGUCUUGUGUUUCAUCCACUACGCGAACGAAAUUUUUAACUAAUUUUUAUAAGAAGAUGAACCGAUCAUGGACGACUUUGACCUUAGAGCGCUCAUCUCAGUUACAAGCCAAAAAAAAAAAAAAACGAGAACCCUCGAGUAUCGCCAUGAACUGCGCAAACGAUUCACCUCAUCAUUUAUUAUUCAACUACAUUCACAUAGGUCAGUAGAUAUCUCAAGAGUUUUCCAGAAAUACGUAUGCGGUGUACCGUAUCUGUCUUCAAAAGUAUAACAUUAAGAAAUUGCACAAGUUGACGCGAAGUAUUCAACACAAUCUCUCUCUGAUUCAUCGUUCAUCAUGUCGUUCGAGUGCGAAAUUAAGUUGUUUUAUUUUUCAAUAAUUUAUAUCUUUUACUGCAGCUGUCCGAUGCACGAAACUAAUUAAUCACACUGAUCAGUAUUCCGAAGGAGAUUGCUGACAGUUUUAAUUAAUCAUCAUCUACUUAUAUUAGAAAAUUAUGAAAUAGUCGGCUUAAGUAAUUCUCUGACUUACAUUACAUUGUAAAGUUUCAUGAUAAUAAAAACUUAGUACAAGUUAGGAAUUGUAAUAAUUUUUGUAACACAUGUAUUAAUUUGAGUAGGAAUAGGUAAUAAACGUAUGAUGUAAUACGA